UAGAUUUACGGAUACACUGACGAGACUAAAACGAACAUGGCUGGUCAGGGUUAUCUUGAAGCUGGAGCGUUCUACGAGGAUUCGGGGGCAAACGCGGUGUGCUUCUUGGAAUGCAUGCGUUUUAGCCAACGUUAGUCCUGUUUAGAGUUAGCGAAACGCGUGGACAGAAAGGCACCCCCAGAAUACUGAGAAAAAUGAUGACAAGGCAAAGGAAGCAUCCGAUUAAAAACCCAAAAGGCAGAGCUUGCCUCUCGGAGCUGGGCGAGGUCGGGGACACGAUCUGGAAAGAGCUGUCCCAGAUUAAGGAGGAGCCCAUCGACCUCACAGAGAUCAAAGAGGAGCAGUGCGAGUCGCUGCUCGUCUACGUCAAGAGGGAGCGGGACGGGAGGCCAGAGAGCGGCGGACCGCAGAGGAGGCGCGGGCCGGGCGCGGCGGCGGCUGUGCUAGGCGACCGCGACGGCGCGAGCGCGGCGAACCGCAAGGCGAGGCCGAGCGCCGCGACCGCGACCAAGAAGGCCAGAGCGAAGAGGAAGAAGGGAGCCGCCCCCAAAAAGCCCGCGGCGAGGAAGGUCGGGAAAGAGAGGAGGAGGAGGGGGGCGGUGGAGGAGGAGGAGGAGCGGAAGAAGUGGAGCGCGGGCCGGUACCCCUGCCAGAACUGCGACGGCGUCUUCCCCAGCGUCGCCGGCCUGCAGGACCACCAGCAGGAGGCGCACGGCGACCUGAGGCCCUACGCCUGCAAGGUGUGCGGCAAGCGCUACCGCUACUCGUGCGUGCUGACCAACCACCUGCGCACGCACUCCGGGGAGCGGCCCUUCGCCUGCCAGCUCUGCCCCAAGCGCUUCACGCAGAACGCCAGCUACCGGGCGCACCAGCGCAUCCACAACGGCGAGAAGCCCUUCGCCUGCGUGCACUGCGGCCGCCGCUUCGCGCGCAGCUGCGACAUGAACCGCCACGCCAGCACGCACACCGAGGAGCGGCUGUACGGCUGCGCCGAAUGCGGUAAGAGUUUCCGGCGCUCGGUCCACUUGCGCUCGCAUGCUCUGAUCCACUCGGGCGAGCUGCCCUUCCCCUGCCCGGACUGCGGGCGCCGGUUCCGCCACGCCACCAACCUGGCCACCCACCGCCGCAUCCACUCGGGCGAGCAGCCGUACCGCUGCGCCCGGUGCGGCAAGGGCUUCCGGCAGAGCGGGCACCUGAAGCUGCACGAGCGCACGCACACGGGCGAGCGCCCGUACCCCUGCCCCGAGUGCGGCAAGGCCUUCGCCCGCCUGGUCUACCUGCACGACCACCGCCGCACCCACACCCGCGAGAAGCCCUACUACUGCGAGGACUGCGGCCGCUGCUUCAGUCGCCCGGGCAACCUGCUGACGCACCGCCUGGUGCACUCGGCCGAGAGGCGGCACCAGUGCCCCGAGUGCGGCAAGACCUUCCGCCACCCGGGCGGGCUCAAGGUCCACGCCCGCGUGCACACCCAGGAGCGGCCCUACGGCUGCAAGGACUGCGGCAAGACCUUCCGCGGCCUGGGCGGCCUGCGCAUCCACGAGCGCUGCCACACGGGGGCCCGGCCCUACGUGUGCGGCGUGUGCGGCAAGGGCUUCCGCGAGGGCAAGGUGCUGAAGAACCACGCCCUGGUGCACUCGGGCGAGCGGCCCUACCGCUGCGAGGGCUGCGGGCGGCGCUUCGGCCAGCUGGGGGCCUACCGGAUCCACCUGCGCCGGCACACGGGCGAGAAGCCCUACGCCUGCGCGCAGUGCCCCAAGACCUUCCGCCACAGCAACAGCCUGAAGGCCCACCUGAUGAUCCACACGGGCGAGGCCCCGUUCCCCUGCCCCAAGUGCGGGAGGCUCUACAAGCACAUGAGGAGCCUCCAGCUGCACAGCCGGACGCACGGCGACGGCGACUGACGGACGGGCGGAUGGACGGACGGACGGAGAAACGGACGGACAGGGGGACGCGAGGACAGGCGGAUGUAUCUGCUUCCACCAAACCAGCUGUGUGCCGAGAGGCCAAACCAAAGAGGCACAGUUUGAAAAGGCAAAUCGGUGGGAAUAAAACUGUGAAGUUGGUGUAAAUUUGCAUUGUAUGCUGCUAAAGGGAGACUCUUCAGGCAAGAUGCACACAUUUCAUUGGUUGAAAAAACCAAAAAAAAAAAAAAAACUAAAAAACUUUGUCGUUGAUACGGAUUGAGGUCUGUUAUAUUGAUGUCUGUCCGGGUACGAAAAAUAUUAACCCUCUAUAAAGAGGAACGUAAAAGGGCAAUUGAAAGCACUUCAGUUGAAUGUUACUUGAUAUUGUAAAUGAUAUUUCUGAAAUGGUACAAGCAAUCCAUGAUUGGACCACCCGAGCUGGAGUAGUCACUCGUUGCAGUUGCUGGAAUAUUUAAUUUGUACAGAUCAGUUGCUCUACCAUUCAACAACGUUCGGUUAGCAUGUUAGCUUCUCCCAUUGAAGUACUGACAGAAAAAUAAAGCCGGUGGGUUACAUUAGUACAUUUCAUUUCAUGUGGGGAAAAUAAUUGUUGACAUAUCACCAAGCUGAGCUAAAACAACUCAAUGGAAUCAUCAUUUAGCAGUAAGGAAAUCCGUAGUGGUGAAAUGCUGGUUUUUCCUAUUGCCGUUUCCACAGCAACGCACGAGUCUCGUUUUAAGCGAGGCACGGCGAAUCAUCAGUCGUGAUCCUCACACGGGCCCCGCCACUCCUCCAGCCGAGAGGAAGGGGACGGCCUGUAGGGGCGGUCCCAAAAUGGGCAGGUCCCGCCUCAGCGGGGGGACGGGGAGGGUACCUCUGACGGGCACCAGAUCCGCUCUCCGUUCGGGCUGGGAGGGGCGUUCCCGCGGGGGUUUGGCGGGGCCCCGGAUGGAGACCCCUGGGGACAGCUUCAUGGCGUCCAGCAGCAGGCUGGCGGAGAGGGGGGUGAAGCCUUGGGGCAGCCCGCCAUCUUGGAUGUUUCUGGUGGAGAACACGCAAACCGCUCCGCCUGGGGCACCCCACUUGGAAAGCCCCUCGUAGGGCAUCGGAGCCUGGGCAUCGUGGCCCCCUUUCUUCCUGGAGGGCAAUGGCACGGGGCUGGGCUUCAGCACCUCGAACCCGGGGCAGAGGUAUCGGCGCGGAAGGCGGGCGGGGUUCAGCCUCUGUGUUGCCGGGGCGCCCGGGGGUCGGGGCAGGGGCGCGCCUUUCCAGACGCCGGCGGUCGGGUCCCGCUCGUCCGGGCGAGGGGUGCAGCCGAGGGACCCCCCCAGGAGGGGAGAGCGGGGUGUCCUGAGGGUGGGCAGCCCAGCUUCGGGUGGGGGCAGCGCUGCUUCGGGUGGGGGCAGCGUGGCUUCAAGUGGGGGCUGCCGCUUCCCCCUCCCUUGCCUCCUCCUCGGGGGGGCGGGUGGUGACGGAUCUGUGGGUCUGCUGUCCCCGGCACCUGGUUCUUCUGCCCUCCCCCUCUGUUCUUUAUCAGGAUCACUGUGCACAGCGGUGGCCAUGCUCAAUGUCUGGAUGUUGUCUUCAGUUUGUGGAGUUCCUGCCUUACCAACAGGGGGCGCUGUUAUCCUCUGCAGUGGCUUUGGUACAUGUGGACCUUCCUGUGGACACAACGUCAGAGAGCUUCUUCACUACACGAGUCAAGUUAUUUAUUUCUGUUAAUAAAUUCAGUAAGGUUUGUAUUUUUAUUUUUUGUUUCAGCAUCAUUCAUUUUCAGGAAACGUCUUUCGAUUAAAUGUUUUCGCAGAACUGAAUGAAGUCUCAUUAUAAGGAACAAUUUUUAUAAUCAGUUUUAUUUUAAGACGCCUUUAUUUUCCAAAAGAAUGCACCCUUUGUAUCACUUAAAGCAAAAAGUCUCAUUCUCACCAAGUCUGAAUAAAUGUACAUUAACAUGAAUCAAUGAGCUAAUGCAUUUACAAGCAUUACCAAUAGGAAAAGUCAUGAUCUAAUCCAUAAACCAAUAGUUCACCCCUCUCCCCUCUAACAUUAGGAAAGAUGUUUUCUAAAUGCAUCUCAGUCUGAAACCAGCCCUGGUUAUAACGUGUUAGUUUUGAUCUCACUUGAUAACAGCUUUCUAUAUUAAGAAUUUGUGCUGGCAAUCUCCUGGACCUGCAUUCAUUAAGCCUAGUAAUUCAGUUGUGCUGUUAAAAGUUUGGAUGGAGAAAAAAAAAAUUAGGAAAUAUUUUGGGCACUUCAGGAAAAAGUGUUGCCUAACCUGGCUCGAACCUGAGUUGUCUUCAAGAAAUAAAGCUGCAUCGCAAUCAGAUCCUCAGCCAAAGAUCGUUUGGUCAUGGAGGGACAGUCUGUGCUGGUUUUUGUCAUUUACUUUCAAUCAUGGCCAGAUUAAUAAUCGAAAACAAGGUAUGCAAACUCUUAACCCAAUCAGUGAUUUAAAUUAAGUGCUUAAGUGCAGGUGUGUAUUAAAAACAAGUAGACAGCGACCCUGUAGGAUUUGAGUUUGGGAUCUGUGGUGUGCAUGGUUUUCUCUGGCACACAAGCGGCCUGAGACAGUGUGUGGUUACCUGUGCGGUGGAGGUUGGUGGUGCAGGUGAGCUGGAGUAUACCGGAACCGAGCCCUCCGCCCAGGAAUCGGUCACACCCGCCUGGGGCUCUGCGUCCUCCGCCCACAAGGGGGCGCCAUCCUGUCCCUCGCCUCGGUCUUGCAUCAGGAACUGCCACUCCAGCACCCGCACCAGGGUGUCUCGUGCUCUGGACACCGUGAAUGGAAUGAGCUGGGCAAGAGGAAGGGGAGACGUUUCCAUGGCGAAGCUCGAAGGUAUUCCCACUGCUGUGGGGGUCGCAGAGAUCAGUCUGCUGCUGGGAUUUUGUGAAUCCGUCUCUUAACUUUCCACAUUUAGGGAUUGGCAUUAAUACACAAAUAUGCAGCCACAAGGCUAUAUAUGUUUUUAAUUCUUUGUUCAAGUAUGUGCUUGGUAGUUGUGUGUUUGAUCCCUGCUUUGGAAAGACUUCAUUUGUUAAGGCAGAUGAACAAAGAUGAUGAAAAAGAGGGGGCUUUUACAAGCACAUUUACCUCAUUCCUGUGACUCAGAUCUUUUCAGCAUACUCGGCUGCUUGAAGGACAGGUUCAUUACCAUUAUCAGAAGACAUUGAUUUCUUUCGCAUCACCGUCAAGAUCUGCCACCAUACUAAUGAACUGAAAGAAUAACUCGAUACUGAGCAAUUUGUGUGAAUACCCUUUCUGAACUCAAUUGACCUCGACUAAUGGGCAGAAAAUAUAGUAACGGCACAAAAUAGUGCCUAAGACUUGUCACCCAGAUAGCCGUUAGUCUUACCUGUCUGUACAAAUAUACACUGUAGCACUUCUCCAUCACGCAGCUCAUCAGUUCAUCCAAAGUCUCCGCUACGGCUUCCUCUCCCUCCUCCCCCGUCACCAUUGUGAGCCACUGGGAUUUGGUGAGACGCCCCGGGACAACAUCCCCUGUGGCAGGACUUGGCGCCGGGACAGGCGCUGGAGAUGCGGAAGCGCGCCCCCUUCUCGUCCGGGACUUUGGUGUGGUUGGAGGCAUUGCUGCUUACAGAAAGGGGCCAUCGCUGAUGAUUAUAGCCUACUCUAAAUCGAACAUACUUCUCUGGUUGUGGUUUUUAAAGAGAUGUUAAAGUUG